AUGGCCCGUCUUUUCACUUUCAGCACGUUGAUGACAAUCGCUAGUGCCAACGCACUAAGCAGCCAUUUGCCUUCCGCCACGACUGUUUUCAGUUCGGCGCCUGUGUCAACACAGACGCCAGUUCCGACUCAAUACACUCUACCCAACGAGGACAGCGAUUUCUCGUCAAGGGUAGAUGAGAUCAAACUCAAACAACAGGGUAUCAUCUACGGAGAACCAGUGAUAGGAUAUAAGUCCUUUUUCCCCAAUGGGUCGUUAGGAACCCAGAUCUCAUUGCGCGAUCAGAGCUUGUGGUUGAAGGAUUCGGAACCUGUCGCUCAAUAUGCGACCAGUGAAAGCGCUGCGGCGCUUGAGAACAUCAUCAAGCAUGGUGGCCUCAAGGGCCUUGAGGACUACAAGAUCCUUUACGAUGGUCACUGGUCUAGGUCGGUUCCUGGCGGCAUCGCCAAAGGCCAGUCCAGCAACUUUACCUCAGACCUUCUGUUCGCUAUGGAGCGCCUAUCAACCAAUCUUUACGUCAUUCGCCGUUUUAACUACAAAAAGGACAAAAUGCCGUUCCCUCUUGACAUCAAGAUAGUUAGGAAGAUCACUGGAACUACUCUCGAAUCACUUCAUAAAGACGGUCGUCUAUUCUUGGCCGACCACAGUUAUCAGACAAAAUACAUCGCCCAGCAGGGCCGAUACUCGGUCGCGUGCCAGGCGCUCUUCUACCUUGACAAGCGCUCCGAUUACUUCCUUCCUCUGGCCAUCAAGACCAAUGUGUAUCAUCUCCUUAACUCCCAUGACGUUGCUGAGAUUGUCUAUCUAGCCGCCCUUCGCACGCUCAGCAGCCGUCAUCCUGUUCUCAACCUCCGGGAAAGGCUCAUGUACCAGGCUUAUGCCAUACGCCCCAUAGGAGACAGAGUACUCUUCAACCCGGGCGAGUUCUAUCCGACUGUCGCCGGCCCGUUCCAGGGGAGUUACUUCGAGGAUAACCUCCGAUCACGCGGUCUACUAAAGCCGUCUUUCGGCCUGAAACUUCCUCAUUUCCCCUUUUACGAAGAUCAGAAAGAUAUUAUUGGAGUCAUUCGGAAAUUCAUUGAAACCUGGAUUGACGAAUCCAACGGUCCUGCAAAGGUCAUCGACUUUCCUUCAGCGCCCCUGAGAAGCAGGAAGCAGCUCAUUGACAUUUUGACCCACAUGGCAUGGCUGACGGGUGUGUCGCACCACGUCCUGAAUCAAGGUGAGCCUGUGACGGCGUCUGGCGUGCUACCACUUCACCCCGUUUCUCUGUACGCACCUGUUCCUACCAAGAAGGGACGUAUCGGAAACCUUCUUCCUUGGCUCCCCAACGAGCAAAAGUCAGUUGAACAGAUCACUCUCCUUGCACGAUCCAACAGGCCACAGGUUGUGGAAAAGAAUCAGGCUCUACGGUACAUGUUCAACGCCGAUAGUUUUCUCGCCGGGACCAAGAAAGCUGUUUCGUUGGCAAACGACCGGUGCAUGAAAGACACGGGUAGUAUCAGUAAUGAGAUCAGCGGGCGGCGGUUUGAUGGCGAGGGCUUAAGUCAGGGUAUGCCAUUCAUCUGGACUGGCAUGGAACCUGGAGUUAUUCCAUUUUACUUGAGUGUUUAG